GCUCUAAACAGAAAACAUGGUAAGGUUUGAAGAUGACCAUGAGAUCUCGGUGGAAUAUGAAGAACCUGCAUCUACAGCAAAUAAUGAAGAUUUGAAGAUGAUUCCAGGAAGAAAUGUUUCCAGGCUGGUUCUGCUGGGCUUCGGACUUCUCUGCAUCCUGCAAGUUGCUCUCAACAUUUCACUGCGUCUGACUUCCUAUAGGUCGCAUGACAUUGAGGAUUCUAAAGACCUGGCUGCACAGAUUCCCCAGCAGUUUUGUGUUUAUGGUGCCAAGCUUGGACACCUUGAUGUGGAUUUAAAAGCAUUGUCCGGUUCUUUCAAAGAAAAGUUGGCAACAUUUUGUCCAAGUGUGUACUACAUUUCCUCCACCAAGAAAACCUGGAAAGAAAGUAGAAGAGAUUGCCUGGAUAGAGGAGCAGACCUGGUGAUCAUCAACAGCAAAGAAGAGCAGGAGUUGCUGAGACUGUUCCAAAACAGGAUUUGGAUCGGACUGACUGAUGCAGACAUAGAGGGGGAAUGGAAAUGGGUUGACGGGACUCAGCUGAUCACAAGUUACUGGGGUUUUGGUGAGCCAAACAGUUUUGAAGGUGAAGAUGAAGACUGUGGAGAAAUUCGGUUCUUCAAGCAGGAAAACAACUGGAAUGAUGCACCCUGUAAUCUCAAAAACUACUGGAUCUGUGAAGAAAAGCUGCAGUGAACAUGAUAAGGAUGGAAAGCAGCAGGAAGGUUCCUCACCAGUUUUUGACCUCAGAAGGUUAACUUCCAUCAAGGAGCAGAGAUGAAGAUUUUAUUAAAGCGAGACUCCUAAAAGCCCACAGUGGCCUCCUGCUGUGCCUGCUGAAGCUUUGAAAUAACCUGAUCUUUGCUGAUCCUCUCUGCAAACCCUCCCUCAUGUCAACAUAAUCCAUCCUCAAAUUAAAAAAGAAAAGUUUUACAUAAAAUCUUAA